AAUCAUAAACAAUUGUUGUAGACUAGUUCUUUUAUCAAACAAUCGAGCCUCAAUUGGCUUUAUUAGGCGCUACUAAUAAGCGUUAUUUAAAACGGAAAAGCAGAAUUAAUAAACGGUAAUGGUUUAAUUCUCAUAGCUGAACAAAGAAAUGCGAAGUUUAUUAGUAUUAUCUUUUUUGCUCUAUGACUUCGUUGCGUACGCGUUUAGACAAAACGGUUACGACUAUGAUGAUCCUGAAGGUAUGAAAAGACAUUCCUUUGUCGAUGAAAGGCGAAAUUGGAGGAAGCAAGCUUUGUCAAAACCUUUUGAACAGGAAUACAAUGAUUGGGACGAUAGAAGAUAUGAACAUGACAUUCCAGGAUAUUUGGAUGAUUUAAACAAUAAACAUAUUUUAGGAGGAGCCAGACAACGAGAUAUGGACCCUCCCGAAUCUAUAUACAGAGGACAGAGGCGUUACGAAGACGGGGAUACCGCCAAAUUGGUACCAAAAAUGAGAAGCGCAGAAAUUGGACAUUCGACACAUGACUUAGAUAAGGAAAAUGAAAAGAAGGUGCCAUUUACGAUGACCUGUGAGAGACUUCAUGAAAGGUACGAGCCAUGCUUCGCUGGUUGCGCAGCGGUAACCUGCGACAACCCCCGUGAGCGAUUGCGUCCUUGUUAUCCCUUCUGCGAGCCGGGUUGUAUAUGUAUCCAUCCAUACAUGCGAGACGAUAGAACACAUAAAUGUGUCUUACCUGAAGACUGCACCAAAGGCCUCAAAGGAAUUCCCGACCUCGGCGACGAUAUCUAGAGUAAACGAAUAAACGUAAUUGAUAUGUAUAUACAAACACACAGCCUUCAGAAGCCACCGUUACAAUACAAAGAUCUUGUUACGAAUAUAUUUUAUUUGGUGAUACAAUAAUUGUU